CCCCCGCGAACGUCCCCGGGAGCCGAGCAGGAGCGAGCGCCGGGGCCGGGCGCGCAGGACUGAAAAGGAGGCGGCGGCCGCGGCUGCGAGCAACAGAUCCGGGCUCCGCGAGCAGACCCACUCUGCUGUUGGGCGAUUUUUUUGUUUGUUUGUUUAAUUUCAAAAACAUUUAUUAAAUUAGUAAAUCUUGCAUUUUUAAAUGGCGCUGGCCCUGGGUCAGCGGGUGGUUUUCUCAGCUUCAAGAUGGGCUUUGCCGUUUCUGUCGUCGGCACCAGUGGUGGCCUGAUUGUCAGUCUUCUCCGGGCAUUUUUAAGGCCAGGAGCUGAGCGCUGCAUGUAGGCGCCCUACAGAGCGGUUUGGCUUCUUAAAUUAUUAUUCUUAUUUUGGGCAGAGAACAGUCGAUUCUCGGGCAUUUCGCCCUCUUUGGAGAAGAGGCUGCGAGUCGGCGGUGGGUCACUCGGAGGCUGAAAUUCCUCCCGGGGUGAGCGAUCCUCGGCCCCGCGCAUAGUCCAGGCAGCCCCGAGUGUGUGUCCUGCCCCUGACGACGCCGGGAAAAUGGAGGCUGUGAUUGAGAAGGAAUGCAGCGCGCUCGGAGGCCUCUUCCAGACCAUCAUCAGCGACAUGAAGGGGAGCUAUCCAGUUUGGGAAGAUUUCAUAAACAAAGCCGGAAAGCUACAGUCCCAGCUUCGGACAACAGUAGUAGCAGCAGCUGCCUUCUUGGAUGCCUUUCAGAAAGUGGCCGACAUGGCCACCAACACACGCGGUGGUACCAGGGAGAUUGGCUCGGCCUUAACCAGGAUGUGCAUGAGGCAUCGGAGCAUAGAAGCCAAGCUGAGGCAGUUUUCCAGUGCUUUAAUCGAUUGUCUGAUAAACCCACUUCAAGAGCAGAUGGAAGAAUGGAAGAAAGUGGCCAACCAGCUGGAUAAGGACCACGCAAAAGAAUAUAAAAAAGCUCGCCAAGAGAUAAAGAAGAAGUCCUCAGAUACACUGAAACUGCAGAAGAAGGCAAAAAAAGUGGACGCUCUCGGGCGAGGUGACAUCCAGCCCCAGUUGGACAGCGCGCUCCAAGACGUCAACGAUAAGUAUCUCCUGUUGGAAGAAACAGAAAAGCAGGCCGUACGGAAGGCUUUGAUCGAAGAACGUGGCCGGUUCUGCACCUUCAUCUCUAUGCUGAGGCCCGUGAUUGAAGAAGAAAUCUCAAUGCUAGGGGAAAUAACUCACCUGCAGACCAUAUCAGAAGAUCUGAAAAGCCUGACCAUGGACCCUCACAAACUGCCCUCUUCAAGUGAACAGGUGAUUUUGGACUUGAAAGGUUCUGAUUACAGUUGGUCGUACCAGACUCCACCCUCUUCCCCCAGCACCACCAUGUCCCGCAAAUCAAGUGUCUGCAGCCUGAACAGCGUCAACAGCAGCGACUCGCGGUCCAGCGGCUCCCACGGUUCCCACUCGCACUCGCCCAGCUACCGCUACCGCGGCUCCAGCCUGGCCCAGCAGGCGCCUGUGCGGCUGUCCAGCGUGUCCUCCCACGACUCCGGGUUCAUCUCCCAGGACGCCUUCCAGUCCAAGUCGCCAUCCCCCAUGCCGCCGGAGGCCCCCAACCAGAACUCGUCCAGCUCGGCCUCCUCUGAAGCCUCGGAGACCUGCCAGUCCGUGAGCGAGUGCAGCUCUCCUACCUCAGUCAGCUCAGGCUCCACCAUGGGCGCCUGGGCGUCCGCGGAGAAGUUGUCUAACGGGUUUUCUCACUAUAGUUUAUCAAGUGAGCCCCAUGUGGGGCCCGUAGGGGCGAGCCUUUUCCCUCAUUGCCUGCCCGCCUCCCGCCUGCUCCCUCGGGUCACCUCUGUCCACCUUCCAGACUACGCUCAUUAUUACACCAUUGGGCCCGGCAUGUUCCCGUCAUCUCAGAUCCCUAGCUGGAAGGACUGGGCCAAGCCAGGACCUUACGAUCAGCCUCUGGUGAACACCCUUCAGCGCCGCAAAGACAAGCGAGAGCCAGACCCCAGCGGUGGAGGCCCCGUCGCAGCAGGAGGCACGCCCACCGCUGCCGAGGAGGCUCAGAGGCCGCGGAGCAUGACCGUGUCGGCCGCCACCAGGCCUGGAGAGGAGAUGGAGGCUUGUGAGGAACUGGCCCUGGCCCUGUCUCGGGGCCUCCAGCUUGACACCCAGAGGAGCAGCCGGGACUCGCUUCAGUGCUCCAGCGGCUACAGCACCCAGACCACCACCCCCUGCUGCUCUGAGGACACCAUCCCCUCCCAAGUUUCAGAUUACGAUUAUUUCUCUGUAAGUGGUGACCAGGAGGCAGAUCAGCAGGAGUUUGACAAAUCUUCCACCAUUCCGAGAAACAGUGACAUCAGCCAGUCCUACCGACGGAUGUUCCAAGCGAAGCGCCCAGCCUCAACUGCUGGCCUCCCCACCACCCUCGGACCUGCUAUGGUCACCCCAGGGGUUGCAACCAUCCGACGGACCCCUUCCACCAAGCCUUCUGUCCGCCGGGGGACCAUAGGAGCUGGUCCCAUCCCCAUCAAAACACCCGUGAUCCCUGUCAAGACCCCCACCGUCCCAGACCUCCCUGGGGUGUUGCCAGCCCCUCCAGAUGGGCCCGAGGAGCGGGGUGAGCGCAGCCCCGAGUCGCCGUCCGUGGGUGAGGGCCCCCAGGGUGGCACCAGCAUGCCCUCCUCAAUGUGGAGCGGCCAAGCCUCCGUCAACCCUCCUCUUCCAGGCCCGAAGCCAAGCAUCCCCGAGGAGCACAGACAAGCAAUUCCAGAAAGCGAGGCCGAAGACCAGGAAAGGGAUCCCGCAAGUGCCACUGCCUCCCCAGGCCAGAUUCCGGAGAGUGACCCUGCAGACCUGAGCCCCAGGGAUGCCCCGCAAGGAGAAGACAUGCUGAACGCCAUCCGCAGGGGCGUGAAACUGAAGAAGACCACGACAAACGACCGCUCAGCCCCGCGCUUCACUUAGGCUCUCUUAGGCUCACAAGAAAUGCUGCCAGUGGGGAACGAACUGUCUAAUUAUAAGACCUAGUUUGUCUUGAUCCAUUCCAGUCUGUAAUCAAACAAAAGAUUUUGUAGGCAACUCAGAACACAGCUCUUUUGAAAGUACUCGACACCUUUAGAUAAGAAUUAAAAGCAACAUAUGUAACUGACAUAACCUUGAUCUUUUAAUUUGUAAAUACUGAGUUUUCUUUCUGCACAUUUUAAUCUUAAGUUUCCCUUUUGAUUUUUCUGAAGGUGCCAAAUUCCAUUUUUUAUAAGUCUUUGUAAAAUUUUAAAUGCAUAAUAAGGGGGGGAGGUCGGGCAGGGGAACCACGAAGUAGUAAUUUCAGAAAAAAAGGAUAACUAUACUCAGCUUUUUUUUUUUUUCUUUUCUUUCCUGCAAGCUUUUGUAGAUGCAUCGUAGUAGUCUGGCUUAGACACAAAUUCAAGUUAUUGUAAUGUACAAACAAAAUGGGUAAGGGGUAAAAAUCCUUAUUCAAGUAUACUACAUUCGGGAUGAGAAAAGCGGGAGUCAGUUGAUGCGCAGUAUUAGGAGUGAGGGAACCCUGGAAAUGGGGGGCUGUGUUGGGACUGGGGGGAGGGUCGCGGGAGGGGCACACUGUCAACACAGCCGAUCCUGUCACAUUUAAGAGUAGCCUCGUAGGUCGAAUUUCUAGUAGCUUCAUGGUAAAUGCAUCCGAAUAAGCCCCACUGGAUUGCAGUGUUUGUCUCUGUAGGGUGUUUAAGGACUUCUUUCUCCCACGAUUGCUCCCGACUGCACACAGCACCCACCUCCAGCCCCGUGCAUGCUGCCACCACCGGGUAGACGUAGGACCCCCCACUUCGGUUACUUGUCUGUUAGUUAUACCCACUUUCACUGAAUCCAAACGCAUCCAGAAGGGUAAGGCAGUUUUAAAAAUGUGAAAGCAUUUAAAAAUGAUUGAUAGCAGGGAAUUCUUAGAUACAGCGAAUGCCUUUUACUUAACCGUGCCUAGCAGGCUGGGCGCGUUAAAAAGCCCAAAUAUUUUGGAAAAACUGGAGCGGAUUUAACAAGGGUAACCAGCUUGGAGUCUGGCAACUUGCCAAUGUGUUUACCAGUCUGGGGGCUUGUUUUUCUUAUCUUCUUUUAAAUAAUGGCAGUUAAUUGGCUUCAUACUAAACAUCGAAGAGAGGAGGAUUUAUUUCUCAUCACUGGGAAUCUGACCACCACACUGUCCCUUUUUUUUUGUAUUCUAGGUAAUGGUU